AGUCAUGGUGGGGAAGGUAGCGUCUCUCCUCGCUCUCGCGGCAAUCGCCCUUAGCGGCGUUGCCAACAGUCACGAGCAAGAGGUGGUGUGUUAUUUGGCAUCGUGGGCAGUGUACCGGCCUGGCAUGGGGACAUUUAACAUCGAAGACGUCGAUCCUUCCCUCUGCACGACGCUCAUCUACUCCUUUGCGGGGUUGAAUGAGACCACCUACACCAUGAUGCUGCUCGACCCGGAGUAUGACAUCAACAAGAAGGCCCUCCAGCGAUUCGUGAAUCUCAAGAGCCUGAACCCGCGGCUGAAGGUGCUCAUAGCGAUCGGCGGCUGGACGGAAGGCUCGACGAAGUACUCUGCAAUGGCGAUGACCAGAGCCUCGCGGAAGAAGUUCAUCGAUUCGGCUGUGGCCUUCAUCCAACACCAUCGCCUCGACGGGCUGGACCUCGACUGGGAGUAUCCUGCUAAUCGAGGAGGAGUUCCUGAGGACAGGGAGAAUUUCGUCUAUCUGGUUAAGGAGCUCCGCGAAGCCUUCCGCCCCUUCGGCUGGAUGCUGACCGCCGCCGUGGCCGCCGGGAAAUCGACCAUCGACACGGCCUAUGACAUCGACGACCUGGCCAGGAACCUCGACUUCCUGCACAUCAUGGCCUACGACUACCAUGGCAAGUGGGACGGGCGGACGGGCCACAAUGCGCCGCUGUACUCGAGGGAGGACGAGCCGGAGGAGGAGAAGAUGCUCAAUGUGGCCUCCACCCUCAAGGUCUAUCUCGACGAAGGAGCACCUCCCGAGAAGCUGGUCCUCGGCGUAGGCUUCUACGGAAGGACCUUCAACUUGCAGGAUCCCCAGGACAACGGCAUAGCGGCGCCCACGCUCACCACCGCCCUCGCUGGCCCCUACACGAAGGAGGAAGGAUUCAUGGGCUAUAACGAGAUCUGCGAGAAACAAACCACGGAGAAGGGCCUGUGGACUCUCGUGUGGCAGAAAACCCACCAAGUGCCCUACAUGAUCCGAGAUAACAUGUGGAUUGGCUUCGACGACCCGAUAUCCAUCAGUCUCAAGGUCGCUUACGCCCAGAAGCUCGGUUUGGGCGGCGUCAUGGCGUGGGCCAUCGACACGGAUGAUUUCAAGGGCGUGUGUUCCGAUAAUAGGAUGAGGUACCCCCUCCUCCGCGCAAUCAACAAAGCCCUUACAGCGAACAUGGAGAACAGGCCUAGCAAGACGACGACCUCUAGGCCUAUCAAACCCAGUCUGGAUGACGAUGACUUCGAUGACAAGUUUGAUGACACCAACACCUUGGACAGCAGGGAACAUGACUCUGGAAGACCAUCUCGUGUCGGAGGCCGUGGAGGCUCUUCUGCUGCCACUCCUGCAGCCACUGUUGUUUACCAGAGCUUUACGAUGCGAGCAAAUAUUGGAUCAUGGCUUCUCAGAGCUUCAACGCCGAAGUCAUGGUUCAAGCGUCCUAUUUGUAACAUCUGUGGUAAUGGCGGUUACCCUGUUCCUGAGUACCUUGUGGCUUCUAAAGGUAUAUCUCUAAAAACUUUUGGAGAAACCACACAUUGGCAGUACCAACUGGACGGGCUGGACCUGGACUGGGAGUACCCCGCCACGCGAGGAGGCGCUCCGGCCGACAGGGACAAUUUCGUCCUCCUGGUUAAGGAACUCAAAGAAGAAUUUUCCAAGUACGGGUGGAGCCUCACCGCCGCCGUGGCAGCCGACAGGAGGAUUGUCGGCGUCGCUUACAACAUCCCUGAACUUAGCCAACAUCUAGACUUCAUGCACAUCGCUUCGUACGAUUACCACGGCAAAUGGGACGGUCGGACGGGCCACACUCGCCCCUUGUACCCGAGGGACGAUGAGAGUGCCGAGGACAAGAUGCGCAACGUGGAAUACACCGUCAAGAUGUACCUCGACGCCGGAGCGCCUCCCGAGAAGGUGGUCCUUGGCGUAGGAUUCUUUGGCCGAUCCUACCUCCUUCAGGAUCCGUCUAGCAACAGCAUCGGCGCGCCCUCACUUCCCUCGGCCUUCGCUGGACCUUAUACGAAGGAGGACGGCUUCCUUGGCUAUAAUGAGAUCUGUGAGAAACAAACCUUGGAGCCAGGACAAUGGACCCUGGUCUGGCAAAAGAGCCACCAAGUUCCCUACAUGUAUCAGAACAACAUGUGGAUAUCCUUUGAUGACGCAAUGUCUAUUGGACUCAAGGUCGCUUUUGCACAGAAACUCGGGCUGGGCGGCAUUAUGGUUUGGUCUGUCGACACGGAUGAUUUCAACGGUACCUGUAGUCAGACUGGGAUGAAAUAUCCUCUCUUAAACGCUGUGAAGAAAGCCUUGUCAUCCCAUACAGCCAUGAGACCUGCUUCAAGCAUCAAUGACAGCAUUUCAGAACACCAGCUUGAACAAGAACCACAAGCUGUUCCCAUUGAUGGCACUGUAUCUGAACUUGAACUCGAACAAGAAACACACGUUGUUCCUGAUAAUACCAGUAUAACUGAACCCGAACUUGAAGGAGAGCCUCAAGCUAUUUCAGUCAACGACAGCAUAUCUGAAAUAACACUUGAACAAGAACCACAUGAUGUCCCAGACAACACCAGUGUCUCUGAACCACAAUUUGAAGAACCACUCAGUGCUCCAGACAAUGCUAGCCUGUCUGAACAAACUCUUGAAGACCCACAAGCUGUUUUCGUCAAUGAAAGUGUGUCUGAAGUAAAACCUGAAGAAUCACAAAGUGUUCCACUAGAAGCCACUGUAUCUGAGAUCAAACCUGCAGAGCCCCAUGAUGUCUCAGUUGAUGGCAGUGUAUUGGCGGUGAAACCUGAAGAAGAACCACAUAAUGUUUCAGUUGAUGGCAUUGUACCUGAGACGAAACCCGAUGAAGCCCAUGCUGUUUCAGUCGACGACAGUGUUCCCGAGGUGAAAGCUGAAGAAGAACCACAUAAUAUUUCAGCUGAUGGCAUUGUAUUUGAGAUCAAACCCGAAGAACCCCAUUCUGUUCCAGUUGACAGCAGUGCACAUGAAAUGAAACCGGAAGAGCCACAUGGUGUUCAUGUUGAUGGCAGUGUGCAUGAAAUUAAAACUGAAGAGCCACAUGGUGUUCAAGUCGAUGGCAGCGUGCAUGAAAUUACACCUGAAGAGCCACAUAGUGUACAAGUCGAUGGCAGUGUGCAUGAAAUUACACCUGAAGAGCCACAUAGUGUACAAGUCGAUGGCAGCGUGCAUGAAAUUACACCUGAAGAGCCACAUAGUGUACAAGUCGAUGGCAGCGUGCAUGAAAUUACACCUGAAGAGCCACAUAGUGUACAAGUCGAUGGCAGCGUGCAUGAAAUUAUACCUUCAGAACCACAUGGUGUUCAAGUCGAUGGCAGCGUGCAUGAAAUUACACCUGAAGAGCCACAUAGUGUACAAGUCGAUGGCAGUGUACAUGAAAUUAAACCUGCAGAGCCACAUGGUGUUCAAGUCGAUGGUAGUGUACAUGAAGAACCAGAGGUUGUUCCCAUUAACAGCAGCACACCUGAGAUGAAACCUGAAGAAGAACUUCACGGUUUUGUGUUUGAGGUUAGACCUGAAGAGCCCCACGGCACCCCAAUCAGCCCCAAGUUCCUGUUGCCUGAGGGAAGAUCCAUUUCCUUCGAAGUUAUUGACACUGAAUCCAUUCUGAAUGGAACAGAGGAGGACCUUACUCGUGUCAUGCAGACGUCGGUUAUGCCUGAAAUGGGUGAACAGAGUACGGUGGAGCCUAUGCCUGAGAUGGAGACUGACAGUUCAACCAUGUUUAUGCCUGAAGUGGAUGAGCACAGUUCCACGACAGCUAUGCCCGACAUGCUCGAACACAGUACAAUGACCUCCAUGCCCGAGAUGUUUGACACGGAGGAGGAAAACAACACGAUGGUCUCAAUGCCUGAAAUGGAAGACAAGAUGACUUCGACCUUAGCCUCAACCGACUUGGAUGACCUGCACAACAUCUCACCCACACCCGAUAUAAAUGACCUGCAGAGUAUAUCAAUCAUCCCUGACCUGCAUGACCACAAACACACGCCAACCCCAACCGAAAAGGGUGUCAUGCACAGCGCUACGACCCAGAAGGAGAUGGAGGUGCACAGUGUUACCAAGCCGACGUUCGAACUUGGUGACAAAUCUGUUGACACGAACACUUUGGAAGAUGUGAAGCAAGCCAACAAAGGAAGAACGCACUACCGCGGCGCGCGAGGGGGCUCGGGCGUGUGCAUUCCCGCGGCGUCUGCCUUGUUGGUGCUCUUAGCGGCGGCGAUGGCUCUGUGCUAACCCGAUCUCCUGCUUAGUUCUAGUGCCUGUAGAUGGCGCUUGUGUGAUAUUAGGCACUUGGUUUUUGAUUGUAAUUAUUGAUUAUUAAUAUUAUUCUAUCUAUAAAUAAAUAUUAUUGGUUGAAAGUGG